UUCCUCUCCCCUUACUUAUAGACCCUUCAGCCAUGGACGAACGAGUUAGAGCAACCUCUAGAGUUUGUACGAUAAAACGGAAGUAUUCUGGAUAUGAAGAAGCAUCAGAGGAAAGCAGCAAUGCACCGAACGCGCAAAUUCUAAAAGGAAAAGAUGUUAUAGAGCCAAAAACUAAGCGAACGGCGUCCCUCUCAGUGCCUGAGCCACCAUCAGAACCCCAUUCAUCGCCUAACAGUAACAGCAAAGAUAUGGGAUCUUAUACAGAUUCAUGCAGUAAAACCACGGAUUUAUCCACUGACAAUAUGGGAAGAGAGUCUAGUCUUAAUUUGCCUCCAAAUACAAGCAGUUUGAACGUUGAUUCUUCUGAGCAAAGCACUAGUGUUGAAAGUAUUUACAAUAUCGCUAUGACUGGUUCAACUGACCUGAGUGUUCUGCUUCAUCUUGGUUUUGGUGAUGUAUACACAGCUUUAAGAAACCAAGAUUUGAAAAGCCGUAUACUUGAAGAAUGUAUCAAUUUUGCUUUUGAUAAGUACUUUUUUAAUGGAGACAACUAUACAGUUGUUACAGAUAUAAAUAAAUUGGCCACAGCCAAAGUUAAUUUCAACGAAUUAAGCAAGCCCGUUGAAAGUUCAAUGUUGUAUCAAUAUUUUGUGAAAGAAGAUAAAGGAUGUUGCUAUGAACAUUUCAAAGACCAAGAUGGAAAUCAACUAGACAGGAAAACUUUGUACAGAAACACAUGCUCAUUACUAUAUCCAAAGUUACAAUUUUUUUCUGAUAACCUACUGAAUUUAUUGGAUGAUGAAAAGAAAAGUGAAAGGAAGUACCACCAACUAUUUAUGUCGUUUGCUCUAAUUUGUGGAUUAAGGAUUUUUGAUGGAUCAGACACAUCUUCCUCAUUAAAGUCUAAUCAGAAGACAUCUACUCCUGAUGCAUUAGUAAAAGGUUUUGGCAUUUAUAAGGAUACAGAUGGAUCACACUUUGUCACUAAAGUUGUUGCUGUCGUUGAGGCAAAAAGAAUAUAUGGAAAGGAGGAUGAAGAAAGAAGGGCUAACAAUUUGAGGAAUAGAACAAUAGUACCUCAUCAAUGUGCUAGUCAUGUAGAUGACCAUGUUAAAGCUCAACACAUUGGAGAGAUGUUAGUAGUUGUCCAGUCUGGUCAGUCAUUAUUUGGAUUUAGAGGAAUAUAUGGAUUACUUGUUCAAGAAACAAAGGUUACACUUGUGUAUUAUAGAGGCACAAAGGAAUAUUUCCAGCAAAUUAGCCUGGGUAAACCAAAGUUAACUGCAGAAGUUUUAUAUAGCAAUCAUUUUAACAUUCUAGCUAGAGAUGGAAGAAGGACUCUUAUUUCUUUGCUCAUUGACAUGGAAAACUUUACAAAGAGAGAAAUGGAAAAGAAAUACUGUAGGAUGUAGUUUCUACCAUACAUAAUUUUAAUUUGUAAUAUUUGUUUGUAAUAUUUCCUUUUACAAUGUAUUGAGAAUUCAUUAUUAUUCUUUGGAUACCAAUUUUCGUGGAUUUUGUAGGUACAGGUGAACCACAAAUUUAAAUGUUCAAAGAUUAACUAAUUUUCUAUAGGCCUGUAUUCAGACUUCGGGAAAAACACAAUCAAGUACCCACAUAAAUGCAAGUUUUUUUCAAUAUACGAAAAUUGCUAUCCACGAAUAUAAAUGAAUCUACAGUAUUUUUAUACCCCACGCAACGAGUUGCGGAGGGUAUAAUGUUUUUGACCCGUCUGUCCGUCCGUCCGUCAGUCCGUCAGUCCUGUUUCUUGUCAUCGCAACUCCUCUCAAACCACACAACAGAAUUUCAUGAAACCUUUUCAGAUAAUAAGGACAUACUACGUAGAUGUGCAUAUCGACAGGAAAUUAUGAUUGAAUUUUUUUUCCAGGAGUUAUGCCCCUUUGAACUUAUUUGCCCAAUAUACUACUGCAACCUUUUGUCAUCGCAACUCCUCUCAAACCACACAACAGAAUUUCAUGAAACCUUUUCAGAUAAUAAGGACAUACUACUUAGAUGUGCAUAUCGACAGGAAAUUACGAUUCAAUUUUUUUUCCAGGAGUUACGCCCCUUUGAACUUAUUUGCCCAAUAUACUACUGCAACCUUUUGUCAUCGCAACUCCUCUCAAACCACACAACAGAAUUUCAUGAAACCUUUUCAGAUAAUAAGGACAUACUACAUAGAUGUGCAUAUCGACAGGAAAUUACGAUUCAAUUUUUUUUCCAGGAGUUACACCCCUUAGAACAGAUUUGUUGUCACUGAAUUAUAGAUUUUAAGAAAAUAUGGCAAUUUUUUGUUAUUAUCUUUAAAAAUCAUAAAAUAAAAAAAAAUAACCAUUGGUGCAAGAUUUACACAAAAAGUUGAGUUAUUCCAGCUCUCAUGAGCUUCUUGAUAAUGGUUUGUGAACUAUGAGUCACAAAAGUGGUGCCAAAGACAGCCAAACCCCCAAAAACAAACUUUUUUAUUUCUCGUUCCAUGUUUUUCUUUCUGUGGAUUCCUUAUGACAUUUCUAUUUACUCCAUUUGCAGUCAGAUUUGAGAUGGGUAAAAAGGGCUAAAUAGCUUUUCAUAUUGGUUCAUAGAAUCUUUUAUAUUUUAUCUUAUUUAAUCAUCUUAAACCUGCUAAUAAUGUUCUCAUUCCUCAUUGCUUUUACAACAUUUCCAAAAUACUACCAAACAUAAUGGACUACAAAUCAUAAAUCAUAUUUUCAUAUUUGAUAAAAAAAACCUUCAUUUUUAUACUAUAAAUCAACCAUUGAAUUGAAAAAUAUUAAAUAUUAAUUAUUA